CUGCGGCUCCCGAGCCAUUUGUGGCUCUUUCACCUCUGUGCUGCGGCUCCCUGUGGCUUUGGGAAAUAAUUGGUCAGUAUUUAAUUAAAAUGUAUUUUAUGUUAGUUUGUUAGCUUUUGAAAUGUAAUUCUAAAUUUGAAGAUUAUGGUGAUCUUGUACAAUCUAAGUGUGGCGACACAUUUCCUGGCACAUCCGAAACGGCUCACAAUUAGCCAGCAUUCCGGCUAAGGGAGAUAGCCUACGGGGGUUUGUGAGUACGCGUCUUUUGCAGCAUCUGCGUCCAUGGGGGCUGGGUUGAGGGAGGCUUAAAAGCAAGGCUGUUUAGUUCGAAUAAAGCUAUCUUUGACUGCAGUUUACUGACACCGCUACAACGUGUUUUUAUCGCUGGCUGUCCAGACGGAAGGUGCUGAAACGCUUUGUCGCGUGUCUGGAAGAAGUGAAAACUUUCCUGGGCAGCAAAGGGCUCACCUUUCCUGAGCUGGAACAGCCAGAGUGGCUGGAAAAGCUACACUUCAUGGUAGACAUGACAGCGCACCUGAACACGCUGAACACAGCUCUUCAGGGGAAAGGACGUACAGCCCUGCACAUGUUGGAGGAUGUCUUGGCAUUCGAGCGCAAGUUGACGUUGCUUGCCAGAGAUUUACAGAAAGGCACUUUGUCUCACUUCCCCAAUUUGAGAGAGUUCAAACAAGGUCACGACAUGAUAAUUUCGGAGUAUUUACAUUCUGCAAUCAUCGCAAUGCAAACAUCGUUUGGGAAACGCUUCUGUGAGUUCAGAGAGGAAAAAAACACAUUAUCCUUCCCGGUCACUCCCUUAAGCAUCGAUCCUUCCCUACUGAAUACGACUGCAUUGGCAGGUGUGAGUCAACCUGAUCUUGAGAUGGAACUGGCCGACAUAGCCGACAAAGACAUAUGGGUGUCCAAGUUUAGACGCUUGACAGCAGACCUUGAAGAUGUUGCCCGUCAGAAGGCCGUUCUUGCUCAGAAACACAAAUGGAGUGAUAUUGAAAACCUUCUAAAACCGGACAAACUUGUGUUCGAAACAUGGAAUGCUAUGCCCGACAUUUAUGUAAACAUUAAAAAGUAUGCGCUUGGAGUCCUGUCGAUCUUUGGAUCCACAUAUGUAAGUGAGCAGGUGUUCUCCAACAUGAACUUUAUUAAAAACAAACAUCGCGCACGCCUCACAGAUGACAGCUUGCGAUCCUGUGUAAAGAUGAAGGUGAUGUCAUACAGCCCUGAUGUGCAGACGCUGUGCGCUGAGGUCCAGGAGCAGAAAUCCCAUUAACCAAGCUGACAGCUGGCUGAUGUUAUUUUUGGUUUGCUGCUGGCGGAAAAUUUAAGUUCGGCGUUUUUCAUAAAUACAAGAAGGACUCAAAUAGACAUUGAGUAUUUUACUUAAAAGUAACUUUCAACCCAACGUCUUUUUUUCGGAGUUCAAAAUGUUUUUGUUGCAUGCAGAAAUGUAAUUUCGUUUUCUCUGCAGGAGUUCAUCAAUUUCAUAAAUGCAACACAUUAUAGUUUGUUUAUACAUAGCAUAAAGGCAAAAAAAACGUUGUAUGCAGUGUUAUUUCAUUUUAAAUGUCAA